ACUGACAGUUUAUUUUGGAACGUAGCUUGUGUCAUUUAUGUAUUUUCUCACUUUUUCGCUUAUAAAAAAAAAUUCCCAAUGCAAAAUUUGGACAUUCGGGUGUUGAAAUAUUAUCAUUUCCUAAUAAUAAUAAUAAUGGACACGACUCAAUCCAUAGUUUUGUCCAACGGCUCGACUACUUUGGACCAAUUGUGAGCGAGGUUAACCAUUUAUGGCAGCGCAGACUGGCGCAGACGUUCUGGCACGCGAGCAAAAAGUUGCAGAUCAAUUUUGACGUUUUCAACGAAUUUUACUGAAAAAAUUAAUAAUACCUAACGCACUAUGGGAAAUGAGAGUUCACUGCCAAUGGAGUUGUGCUCCAAUUUCGAUGCCGAUGAAAUCAGGAGACUUGGCAAACGCUUUCGCAAACUCGAUUUGGAUAAUAGUGGAGCACUCAGUAUUGAUGAAUUUAUGUCCCUGCCUGAACUUCAACAGAAUCCUUUAGUUCAGCGUGUGAUUGACAUUUUUGAUGCAGAUGGAAAUGGUGAAGUUGAUUUUAAGGAGUUCAUUCAGGGGGUUUCACAAUUUAGUGUAAAGGGCGAUAAGGAAAGUAAAUUGCGAUUUGCCUUCAGAAUUUAUGAUAUGGACAAUGAUGGGUAUAUCAGUAAUGGAGAGCUCUUUCAAGUGCUUAAAAUGAUGGUGGGAAAUAACCUGAAAGAUACACAGUUACAACAAAUAGUUGACAAGACGAUCCUCUUUGCUGAUAAAGAUGAGGAUGGCAAGAUUAGUUUUGAAGAAUUUUGCUCGGUGGUUGGCAAUACAGACAUACAUAAGAAGAUGGUUGUUGAUGUCUAAUGAAUCAAAAGGAGUGUGAACAUAUAUGUAAAAACUUUAAAGGAAGCUAAAUGGUAAAAUAAUUUUCUCUUGAUAACUUCAUUAUUGAUGACAGAUUUAUCGCAUAACCGUAGAAGUUGUGAAAUAGAACGUAUGUGCGAAAAUCGCAAUUUCACCUUUAAAAUUUCUUAAUCUCGAUGUUUAUUCUUGUUAAAACUUCUAUCGACGGCCCACAUUUACCUUUAAGUUCUUUAUAUUACCAAAUUUAGGUACUUGUGACGAGGUAUAUGCAAAAACAAAUUUUCCCUAUAAAUUCAUUAUUUACUUUAUUGUGAUUUAUAAAAAUAUAAAAUGCAUUAAAAGUGUAAAAGGAUUUUAAUGAGCAUAUAUUUGAUACAGGUCCGCGAGGUGCCUGGGUAAAUUUUCUGUAGACCUUGUACCUCUUCUUCUUCAUCUCUUUUAUGGCUUUGAAUCGCCUUUAUGGGGAUGAAGUGUUAGUGGGCCGCGUUAUUGCUUUCUUCUGAGAUCUGCAUUUCUGUACGCCCAUCUUGUAUUCGAAGCGAAUUCGCCCAGGCACUUGUGGUAUAAUGCAGAGAAUUAUUGAAUGCGGUUUGUCGAACUUCCCCUAUAGUAUGGUUUUGAUUAAAUAUAACGAUUUAAACGGAAGAAGCUAAAUCUGUCAAUCGUUGAUUCUAUGAAGAGUGGAAAGCGGAAUUAACAAAACGACCAGGAUUUAAAGAGAAGAGAACCGUAUGUUAGCUAGUCGUGUUAAUCGUCCUGUCUCCCUUUUUUUUUUGUCAAAUUCCUUUUCUAAGUAUCCAGUCGUCUAUCAACAUUGUUCCCUGAUUACCUUUAAUAAUUAGCCGAUCGCUUAACUUACUCUCAGCAUAAGAGCUUGCCGUCAGCACUUCGUUGUCCAACUGUAUUCCGAUUAUGGCGGGCCUCUUGUGCUGUUGUCCCUGCACGGUCCUUCGAUUUUAUCAUUGAGAAUUUGCAUUGAAGGCUGACAAAACUCUCAGCAAACACCGUCAACAUCUGGUUUCGCAUGAGUUUUGAAAAAAACAAGUGAAAUUACAAUAACACGUUGCUGCCAGUCGUUUAUCAUGCUUGCGAUGAAUAAGUAUAGUCAGAUUUCAACUAAAUUGUCUUGAAAGUUUAAAUAAAUCAGCAAGCGUGUGAGAAAAAAGAGAAAGAGGAAAUUUGUAUGAUCGUUCGAAUCGUGGUGCCUAUGAAACGGAGGUCGAAUUCCAUUCUGUCGUUUAGUGCACAAAAGACUGAGAAAGUAUUAUCGAUGGAGGGAGGACUCCUUUACGACUUUCGGGUAUACGAUUAAUGCCGAUCGAAUUCUUCACGUGUGCUAUUUCGUUAAUAACAUAAUUACCUGAAUUAUUAUUAUUAUUAUUACAACAUACUAUUAAAUAUAUUAAUAUUAAA